CGGAAGUGGCGUAGAGGAACGGCGGGAGAAACGCGAAGUGAAGAAGCGGCGGCGGCGGCGGCGACAGCGGCGUAGCGUCACUGGGGGACACCUGGGAGCCCGGCGUGUCGUCAUGCCGACCGUGCUGGGCCUGGAGGGUUCCGCCAACAAGGUGGGCGCGGGGGUGGUGCGGGACGGCGCCGUCCUCAGCAACUGCCGCGCCACCUACGUCACGCCGCCGGGACAGGGGUUCGCCCCCGGCCCCACCGGGCGGCACCACCGGGCGGUGCUGCUGGGUCUGGUCCGGGCCGCGCUGCGCGAGGCGGGGGUCGAGCCCCGGGACCUCGACGGGGUCGCCUUCACCAAAGGACCGGGCAUGGGGUCCCCCCUGGCCGUGGUGGCGGCCGUGGCGAGGACCCUGGCGCAGCUGUGGGGGCUCCCCCUUCUGGCCGUCAACCAUUGUGUGGGGCACAUCGAGAUGGGGCGGCUGCUCGGGCCUGCCCCCGACCCGCUCGUGCUCUACGUCAGCGGCGGCAACACCCAGGUGAUCGCCUAUUCCCGGCGCCGGUAUCGGAUCCUGGGCGAGACCCUGGACGUGGCCGUCGGGAACUGCAUCGACCGAUUGGCCCGGCUGCUCCAGAUCCCCAACGCCCCCAGCCCAGGCUACAAUGUGGAGCAGCUGGCCAAAAGGGGCCGCCGUCUUAUCCCGCUGCCCUACGUGGUCAAGGGGCUGGACGUGUCCUUCUCGGGGCUCUUGUCGCACCUCCAGGCAGUGACCCCCAAAUUGUUGGACUCGGGGGAGGCGACUCCAGAGGAUUUGUGCUUCUCCCUACAGGAGACGGCGUUCGCCAUGCUGGCUGAGGUGACAGAGCGAGCCCUGGCCUUGACCCGGGCGAGGCACCUGCUGCUUGUGGGGGGCGUGGCCUGUAACCACCGGCUCCAGGAGAUGCUGCAGACAAUGUGCAGGGCCCGGGGGGCUGAGCUGUGCCCCACAGACGACAGGUACUGCAUCGACAACGGCGCCAUGAUCGCCCAGGCUGGGUGGCAGAUGCUGAGGGUGGGGCAGGUGACGGAGCUCAGCCAAUCAGGGAUCACGCAGAGGUACCGGACGGAUGAGGUGGAGGUGACCUGGAGGGACUGAGGCGGAGACGCUGACGGAAACCGGCUUAAGGAGGAUCUCCGCUGUAUAUCUUGCUUUUUAGUUUUGGGGGUGUUUUUACAUAUUUUUUCCUUAACCAGAAGAUUCUUUUACCAAACGAUUUCACCCCCCACCACGUGUCUCUUUUCUCCUCGCCGGGAAAACGCGCCAUCAGAAUGCCCGGCUUUAUCCCUUUAUUUACUAUUUUUAUUUUUCGCUUUGCUAAGUCCCACCGCUCUUAGUGAAGCUGUGGGCUUACAACUCCUGUAUUUCCUAUUUUUGCCACGUUUUCUUCCGUUAAAACGUUGUUUUAAUGUUACGGUUAUAUUUAUUUUACUGAUUGCUGGAAUAAAUCCUGUUCUGCUGUCGAAUUUACCGCGGGUUUGGUGAGGGGAAA